AUGGGCACUGCAUCGCAGUAUGGGUGCUGCAUCACAGGCAUUGCAUCGUGGCGUGCGCAUUGCAUUGCGUCACAGACACUGCAUCGCAGUGUGGGCAUUGCAUUGCAGCACGGGCAUUGCAUUGUGUCACAGGCACCACGUCAUGGGCACUGCAUCGUGGCACAGGCAUUGCAUUGCAGCACGGGCACUGCAGCACGGGCGCUGCAGCGUGCCAUGGGCAUUGCAUCACUGCACAAGGAGCACAGCGCAGCGUGGGCAUUGCGUCACAGUGUGGGCGUUGCGUGGCAGUGCAAGCGUCGCAUCGCGGCACAGGCACUGCCUGGCAGCGUGGGCAUUGCAGCGAGGCAUGGGCACGGCAUCACAGCCUGGGCACCCUGUGGCAAGCGUUGCAUCUUGGUGCGGGCAGCAUACUGUGGCACGGGCAUUGCAUUGCAGUGUGGGCAGCGCAGCGCGGCCGUGCCCGGGCUGCCCUGCAAAGCACGGCGGUGCAAGCACGGCCCAGGCCCACAGUUCCCCCCCGCUGGCGCUGGCUACUGUCCUGAGCAAAACCACCUCAGAUGCCGCAGUUCGGUGGUCCCGUCCUUCACGCUUACUGGAUUUCUUUCAGUGAAGUUAAACGGUGGCCGACACGUCCAGGGGAUAUUGCGAGGGUUUGAUCCCUUCAUGAAUCUAGUCAUAGAUGAGUGUGUGGAGAUGGCACCAGGAGGACAGCAGAACAACAUAGGGAUGGUGGUAAUACGAGGAAACAGCAUCAUUAUGUUAGAAGCCUUGGAACGAGUAUAGAACCAGUGAAACCCGCUUAGUGACAGUGUGUGCAACAUGUGGGAUGACCCCUGUGUGUGUGCAGCAUGUUGGGCUGUGAUGGGACCUAACUCUACUAUUUUGUGUACUCAGUUAAAUCCUCUACAAACCAUACAUCACUUGUGUAAACUUAUUUUUUGUUAAAUAAAUUUUGUAAUGGUUGAAGUAACUUGA